UCAGCAUCAUCACGGAGCGGGCGCACGCCGCUGGACCGGGCUCGGCACGCCUCCCCUCUCCAGCCAUGAAACAGACGUUUCUUGAACUAAUGAGGAUGAGUAGGAUUUGCCGGAUGGUGCUGGCCACUUGCUUGGGAUCUUUUGUCCUGGUCGUCUUUUAUUUCCAAAGUAUGUUCCAGCCAGUAAUGAGGCGAAACCCAUUUGCGGCAGAAGGUUGCUGUCAGAAGGGCUCCAGAAGUGCUCUUCAGGAGCUCUACAACCCCACACAGGUGGAGUUCUCAAGAGCCGCUCUGCUCCACCAGGCCCGGCGGGACCAGGUGGCGGAGACGUGCCGCGCCCAUAGCGCCACCAGCCGCAGGCGCCGGGUGCUGACGCCCUCCGACCUGAAGCACCUGGUGGUGGACGAGGACCACGAGCUGAUCUACUGCUACGUCCCCAAGGUGGCGUGCACCAACUGGAAGCGGGUAAUGAUGGUUCUGGGGGGGCGGGGCAAGUACACCGACCCCAUGGAGAUCCCGUCCAAUGAGGCGCACGUCCCGUCCAACCUGCGCACGCUCAACCAGUACAGCAUCGCCGACAUCAACCACCGGCUGAAGAACUACCUCAAGUUCCUGUUCGUGCGUGAGCCCUUCGAGCGCCUGGUGUCGGCCUACCGCAACAAGUUCACGCUGCGCUACAACACGUCCUUCCACAAGCGCUACGGCACCAAGAUCGUGCGGCGCUACCGGCGCAAUGCCACGGCCGAGGCGCUGCAGAGCGGCGCCGACGUCAAGUUUGCGGAGUUCGCGGAGUACCUGGCUGACCCGGCCACGCGGCACGAGGCCCCGCUCAAUGAGCACUGGCAGACGGUCCACGCCUUGUGCCACCCCUGUAACGUCCACUACGACCUGGUGGGUAAGUACGAGACGCUGGAGGAGGACGCCGACUAUGUGCUGCGCCUGGCCGGCGUGUCCGACUCGCUGCGCUUCCCAUCGUACGCCAAGUCCACGCGCACCACCGACCAGAUGACAGCCAUGUUCUUCCACAACAUCAGUGCUCAGCAGCAACAGCAGCUAUUCCAGCUCUACAAGCUGGACUUCCUCAUGUUCAACUACUCCGCCCCCAGCUACCUGAAGGUGUAGUAGGAGGGGCGCGGGGUGGUUCGGGUGGGGGCGGGACAGCGCACCAGCGUGCACACACCCCCACGCGAGCGGUCGUGC